AUGGUCAACUGGAAGCGCCGCAUGCUUCUGAUCCUCUAUGCCUACGACAACAUGGCUGCAUUCAUGCUACCUAUCGGCAGCCAGAGAGGUGAGGGUCUCAAACACAUUGCUAGUGAGCUGAAGAAGUACUACAUUACCCUUAAGGACUUCGUUGAUGACGACUUCCACAACGAGUCGAGAAGCCAGAAACCAUUAGUCGUCACUAAGAUGUUCGGCGGGGAGCCUAUAGGCAAGGUGUCGAGCGUCUGCUUGACUGCUGGCUUUGCGAUCAAGUCCGACGAGGACAUCCGCAAAAAUGGCUACAUCUCGCGCGCGAGUGCCCAUUACGUUACCAAGCAGCAUACUGCACUUGCUAGCAGAGAAUUGGACUCUACCUGGAUCAAGAACAACAGGUCUUGA